AUGUCUUUCCUGGGACUGAAGCCCGCCGACCUCUCGAUGUUCAAGAUAUCUAGCUUACCACAUUCGUUCACCGCUGCCUCUGAAGCCCUAAUGCCCAUCGAUAAUGAACAUCCAUCCGUAUCCUCUCUAGCCUCCCGAAACGUCUCCACAAUCCUCGUCCUGUUUUCAUGGCGCGAGUGCGGAUUCUGCAUGAUGCGCGAGAGGGAGAUGCGGAUGCAGGAGGGGAUGGGAGAGAUCUGCAGGCGCUAG